CCGGAUGCCUCUAGUUGCAUGUUCCCAGCACGGCGCAUUUGUGCGCGGUCUGUGAGCUCGAGAUGGGUUUGCUUCGGGACUCGCUUUUGCUCCUGGGGGUAACUGUCUCGCUCCUUGGAUCGUGCUGCCUUGGGGCUACAAAGGCAAGAAGAUUCAAGAGCCAGCAGUGGGACAUCUUACAAAUGUUUAAAGGCUCUUCUACCCACUCCAUGACGUAUUUCUACACUGGGGUGUCGGAGCCCAUCCAGGGCAUAUCCUGGUUUGCUGGUGCAGGCUACAUAGAUGACCAGCUCAUUGUUUCCUAUGAAAACGCCACCAGAAGGAUGGUACCCCGAGUCCCCUGGAUGGAGAAAGUGGUUGAAGAAGAUCCUCAGUACUGGGACGGCAUUACCUUCAAGCUGCAGGGUGAUGAAGCCUUCUUCAGCAAUUACCUGCUGAGACUGCAGAAUCUCUACCACCAGAGCACUGGGUUUCACACUGUGCAGAAAAUGUAUGGCUGUGAGCUGAGCAAAGAUGGGCACACCAGAGGAUUUCGGGAAUACAGCUACGAUGGAAAGGACUUCAUCACCUUUGACAAGGAGGCCAGCAUCUGGAGAGCAGAGUGUGAUGAAGCAAACGUCAUCAAAAGAGAGUGGGAUACUGACAGGACCGAUAUCCAGCAGGAGAAGUUUUAUUUAGAGAAUGAAUACAUUGAAGUGCUGCUGAAACUCCUGGACAUUGGGAAGGAGAAGCUGCUGCAGAGGAGAGAGAGUCCAACAGUGAAGGUGACACGCAAGGCAGGCUCUGACAACAUGGAAACUCUUGUCUGCCGGGCCCAUGGCUUCUACCCCAAGGAGAUCGUCAUCAACUGGAAGAAGGAUGGGGAAGUCUGGAUGCAGGACACCUUCCGUGGAAUUACCAGCCCCAACUCGGAUGGAACUUACUACACCUGGAUCAGUGUUGAGGUUGACCCCAAGGACAGAGAUCGCUACCGGUGCCAUGUGGAACAUGAUGGCCUGCUGGAGCCUCUGGACCAGGCCUGGGAGGGAGAGACUGCCGGGCCUGCAGGAGUGGAUGGUCCUUUGCAAGCCUCAGUGUGGCCAGUGUGGAUCUUGGGGGUCAUGGCUGUUGUGCUGGUCUUUGGGGCCAUCUUUUAAAUCACAAGUGACCGGGAGUCUGACAGGUCCUCUAGAGCAGAUAACCAGGAGUCUGACAACUCCCUCGGAGGUGAGUGUGUGUGUGUGUGUGCGUGUGCGCGCGCACGCGUGUGUGCGUGCCAGAGAGCAGGGGGUGCGGGG